AGAUUAUUCUUCCAACACGGUUAACCUUAAGGAGAAAAACAACACAGGGAAGUAUAAGUGGAGCAGCUGUAAAUGGCAAAGAAGAACAAACAAGGAAAUACCAUCGCUGUAAGGGGGCAGCUGAGGAAUCUGCAAAAUACAUUUGAUUCAUGCAAACUGGAACUAAAGAAUAUCAUGCCAGCAAAUGCAACAAAGGAUAACAUAAAUCAAGGCACAGCAUUAAUUUAAUUUAGGCAAUUUUUCGAAUACAUUGUAAGUGUAUUUCUUAAUAGCGUUUUUCAGAAUGAUAGCAUUAAAUAAACUUAUGGUAUUUAAUAACUUCCAUGAUAGGACAAAAUAAUAAUUGUAACUAAUUAUUAAAAUAAUUUUUAAUUGUCAGUUACAUGAUUAAAAUGUUUUGGGGGAAGAUUGCUAUGGCUGAAAACAUUGGAGGACGAUGGACUGCUUUUUCUUUUCCUUAAUGGUUUGAAAUUGCUUGAAAUCGUUCAGUAAAAUUCACUAUCAAAUUAUAUAUGAAAUUGAAAAUCAUACAGUCAUCUGAAUGACUGUCAGUUUUCUUUGUAAAAUUUUAUUUUCUUUUUUGUACUAAUAAUCAGUAUAGAACUUGAUGGUAACAAAACAGCCGCAAUUUGCAUUUUUCAUCAAUUUCAGAAUUUUUAGAAAUGCAUAUUUUUUCUGAAGAAUGGUCUGUGAACCUAAUAGCACAUUCUUUACUACAAUUAAACCAAGCCAGAAAAUUCAAUAGAAGUAUACUUACAUCUGAAGAAAUUAACAAUUCUUGUUUAUGCAAUGUGACUGCAGACUUUGAUCAUAUAAUGAACAGUUCUUGUGAAAGGAACCUGACUACAUUAUUAUUUCCUAUUCUUCAUGAGAAAAACUGGCCUGCUCUUCUAAUUAUUAUUGUGAUUGUUAUAACCAUUUUUGGAAAUAUUCUAGUCAUCUUGGCUGUCUCACUAGAAAAGAAGCUGCACAAUGCCACAAAUUAUUUCCUGAUGUCACUUGCAAUAACUGAUAUGCUCUUGGGUUUUCUUGUCAUGCCGAUAUCAAUGCUAACUAUAUUAUAUGAAUAUAGAUGGCCACUGCCCAGGAACCUCUGUGCUGUGUGGAUUUAUUUAGAUGUACUUUUCUCCACUGCCUCCAUCAUGCAUCUCUGUGCCAUAUCUCUGGAUCGCUACAUUGCCAUUCAAGACCCCAUUCAUCAUAGCCAGUUUAACUCCAGAACAAAGGCCUUGGCAAAAAUAGCUCUUGUUUGGACGGUAUCAAUAGGUAUUUCAAUGCCAAUUCCUAUAUUUGGAUUCCAUGAUGAUUCUAAAGUUUUCAAGAAUGGAAGCUGUUUCCUUGUGGAUCAGAAUUUUGUUUUAAUUGGUUCUUUUGUAGCAUUUUUUAUUCCAUUUGCUAUCAUGAUGAUCUCCUAUUUUUUAACUAUAAAAUCCCUUCAGAAAAAAGCCACAUUAUGCAUGAAUGAUCUUGAUUCAAAAGCUAAGUUUGGCUCAUUCAGUUUUUCCCCUCAAAGUUCUCUUUCUUUGGAUAAACAUUUCAAGCGCUCUCUGAACAAAGAGUCUGGAACUUUUAGGAGAAAGAUACAAUCAAUAAGUAAUGAACAGAAAGCAUCCAAGGUACUUGGAAUUGUCUUUUUCUUGUUUGUGAUAAUGUGGUGUCCUUUUUUUAUCAUGAAUGUGAUGGUAGUUUUUUGCAAGGAGGCAUGUGACAAAGAUGCAAUUGAGCAUCUGCUUAACAUUUUUGUUUGGAUUGGCUACCUUUCUUCAGCAGUCAACCCACUUAUAUAUACAUUAUUCAGUAAAACCUACCGAUCUGCUUUUAUACGUUACAUCCAAUGUCGCUACAAAGAGAAAAAGAAACCUCUGCAGUUCUUAGCGGACACUGUCCCUACUGUAGUGUACAACUCACCUCAGUUGACACAAAUGAAAUGCUUUAGAAAGGAAUCCAAGUUAAUGGCUAAAGACUAUUCCACAGGGACAUCUGAAGUACAUGAUUUGGAUGAAACCUUAAAGAGCAAAGUCAGCAACAUGAAUGAAAAUGUUAGCUGCUUGUGACUGGUACAACACCAUUUUCUUUAAGUGGAUAUAUUCUGCAAGCUGGAGAAAGCUGAUCUGGAAAAAUAGUAUGCAACUUUGCUGGGAAUUUGCAAGACAGUGCUUCACUAUCGAAGACUCGUCUCUCAUUUUUCUCAAUGCUGGAAACAGGAAUGCACUGGCAUGUGAAAGCAGCUAGCUCCUAUUUAUGACUCAUUAAAGUCAAUCAUGUCAAUUGUUUCUAGGACCAUGUAGCCCUCACUUAAUGACAGUAACUGGAGUUGGAAUUUCUGUUGCUAUUCAACAUGAUCAUAAAGUGCACUGUCAUGUAACACUGGACUUGGAAAAUGAGAGCAGUGCAAUAUAAAUUUUUGAUUUAAUUAUAUCAAACAAAUACAUUAACAGAAAAUAUAGGAAUUAUAACAGUAGAAGUAGUAUGAAAUAUGUUAUAAAGAGAAUACAAAUAAACUGAGUAAUUGCUAAAAGAUGUUUUCCUUGCCUUUUUGUUGAAAAGAAAAAAUAAUUCGAAUACUGAUAAAAAUAACAUUCAGGUCUACUGCUGCAAAUUAAGUAGCAAUUUCUUCUUUUGCAGAUUGUUAUUAUGACUCUGAACUACUAUGACUCACUACAUAGGUACUCAAGUUACAACCAAAAUUGGCACCAGAAUUUCUGUUGCUAAGCAAGGCAGUUGUUAAGUGAGUUGUACCUGAUUUAAUGACAUGUACAAACCCAGGCAAUUGCAGUAAUUUUUAAUUCACUUUGUUGUGCAGCCACAGAAAAUAGAGCUAAUGGUUUCUUUAACUACAUUUAAUUUUAUCAGAUAAACUCUUUGCACUUCAGAAAAUUGAGUCUGUAUUCUCAAUUAUACCAAUAAUGAAAAUGAGAUUGAAUGAUUACUGUAUGUAGUGUGAUUACAGCCAUAUGGUCAGAGGACAUCCCAUACACAUCUAUGAUUCUACAUUCCACAAAUAUCUCCAUGAGAAUUUAACACCUUUUCUGCAGGGCUGUCUAUUAGUAGAUUUUCUAAAUGUAAACUGCACAUAGCAUAAUGAUAUUGGUUUUUCACUUUGCAUUAUUUUAUAUAGAUCUGAGAAUCCCAGAAGGGAAAGACAUUACCUAAAAUGCAUAUGAAUAUAAAGAGCUUUUUUUCCCUUGUACAUGUUGCUUUAUUAUUUCUAACUUCGAAAGGCAAAGUUUCAAUAGUUGUGAAAAAAAGCUGCCUUUUAAAUACAAUACUUUUAUUAUGGUUUGAAAGAUUAAAGAGACUGACUUUUGGGGUAAUACGAAAUUCAUCUUGCAUACCAAUUCUCUAUUACAAAUACUUCCAAAGAUACUGUCAGAAGUAAGUCUUCAUCCUGGUUCAUCCAAGCUGGGGAUAAAUAAGCAACAUGGUGACUGCUUUGGGAAGAAGGUUAUAGUUUAUUGAAGAAGC